AUGGUAAAUUCAUUGCGUAUUUUUCCUGUUCUUGGCGUUGUUAUUCUUAUCAUUAUUAUACUUUUUGCAUUUAUUUAUUCGAUUCCAAUCAUAUUCAUUCGUCGUUUUCAUCAACAUAAUAACAUACUUACAUUAAAUAUAUGUUUGGUAACAAUAUUUUGUUGUUGCUCGUGGAUUUUUGUUCAUGUGACAUUUACGAUUGAUAAUCCAUAUACAACUGUUGGAAAAAUGAAUUUUGUUUUUAACAUUAUAGCAAUGAUAUUUACUAUUCAAGUACCAUGUAGUUUUGUAGCAGUAUCGAUUCAUCGUUGUUGUUCUAUAGUUUAUUAUACGAAGAGUUUUUUUAAAACAAAACAAUGGAUUAUAUUAUGUAUCGGAAGUCAAUGGUUAUUGGGAUUUAUUUUAUCUAUACCAGAUUUUAUACGCAUUCAUAUGUCUAAUGGAGAUGCUCUAUGGCCAAAAGUUUAUGCCCUGGUGAAUAUGAUGAUAAUUCCAUCGAUUAUUUAUUUUGUUACAAAUAUCCUUAUUUAUUAUCAUGUGCGAUCUUCGUCUCGUCGUAUUCAACCACAAACUAAUAUUCAUAAUAUUCAACAAAUAAAAAUUAGUCAUCGUGAUAUUUAUUUAUUACGACAUAUGAUUUUAAUGUUUUGUAUAUUUGUUGCAGGAUGGGCUCCAAUAUAUAUAUUACCAAUUAUUAAUCAUUUUACAUAUAUUAUUUUAUUAGCAUAUGGAAUUUCUACAAUUUGGUGUGAAUUAGCUUUAUUAAUCAAUAUACUUGACUUAUUUUUGUAUAAUCAUAAACUAAGAAAAUAUUUAAAAAGUAUUUGUUUAGAAUGUUUUACUAAACUCUAA